GCUUGAUACCCAGAUCAACUGUGGUAAAGCUGAACUUGGCCCUUUUAAAAACAAGAGCUGUCAUCAAGAUAAACACGCGCGUUUGGAAAACGCGAGAAACCACAAACGCCUUGGAAACCGACAGAAGUGAUACAAAAUCAGUGUAUUUGCCAUACACAAGCCUACCUACAGUUAAAGUUGAAAAUGAAGAUCGAAGAAGUGAAAAGCACAGUGAAAACCCAGCGUAUUGCUGCUCACAGUCACGUCAAGGGUCUCGGGCUAGAUGAAAACGGAGUUCCGCUUCAGAUGGCCGCCGGUUUGGUCGGUCAAAAAGAUGCCCGUGAGGCAGCGGGCAUUGUGGUGGAUUUAAUCAAGUCGAAGAAAAUGUCAGGUCGAGCUUUGCUGCUGGCGGGGCCUCCGGGAACGGGGAAAACGGCGAUUGCCCUUGCCAUCGCCCAGGAACUUGGCAACAAGGUUCCAUUUUGUCCGAUGGUCGGUUCGGAGGUGUUUAGCAGUGAGAUCAAGAAAACUGAGGUACUGAUGGAGAAUUUCCGCCGUUCGAUUGGACUUCGUAUCCGGGAAACGAAGGAAGUGUACGAAGGUGAAGUGACAGAGUUGACUCCGGUUGAAACUGAAAAUCCAAUGGGAGGGUAUGGAAAAACAAUAAGUAAUGUCGUGAUUGGUCUAAAAACGGCCAAAGGUACUAAACAGCUCAAGCUGGACCCAAGCAUUUACGAAUCGCUGCAGAAGGAGAAGGUCGAGGUGGGAGAUGUCAUUUACAUCGAGGCCAACAGCGGUGCCGUCAAAAGACAAGGACGAAGUGACACAUUUGCCACUGAAUUUGAUCUGGAAACGGAAGAAUACGUUCCCCUUCCUAAAGGUGAUGUCCAUAAGAAGAAAGAAGUCGUCCAAGAUGUAACACUUCACGAUUUGGACGUGGCUAAUGCACGUCCCCAAGGCGGUCAGGACGUCCUUUCGAUGGUGGGUCAGAUAAUGAAACCAAAGAAAACUGAAAUCACAGACAAGCUUCGAAUGGAAAUCAACAAAGUGGUCAACAAGUAUAUCGAUCAAGGAAUCGCCGAAUUGGUUCCCGGUGUUUUGUUCAUCGAUGAGGUUCAUAUGCUGGAUUUGGAGUGCUUUACCUAUUUACACAAGUCGCUGGAAUCUGCUAUUGCCCCAAUAGUCAUCUUCGCCACCAACAGAGGCCGAUGUGUCAUUCGUGGAACGGAUGAUAUCAUCUCUCCCCACGGGAUUCCUUUGGAUUUGCUGGAUCGCUUGUUGAUCGUUCGAACUUCGCCAUACAAUCUGUCGGAGAUCGAGCAAAUUAUCAAAUUGAGGGCUCAAACUGAAGGGCUGAGUGUUGAAGAUGCGGCCAUUCAAGCGUUGAGCGAAAUUGGAGAUAACACCACCCUACGGUAUGCCGUACAGCUGCUGACGCCUGCGCACCAGAACUGUAAAGUAAACGGGCGGACGCAAAUCACCAAAGACGAUAUCAUGGACGUCAAUUCGUUGUUUUUGGAUGCCAAGCGAUCGGCCAAAUUCUUGCAGGAAGAGAACACCAAAUAUAUGAUGUGAGCGCGUUCAAUUUCAUUCAGAUUUAAUUCCUAUUUGCAAAUUAUAAACUUACUUUAAUAAAUCGAGUAAACUUGAA